CCAAGAGAUGGAGAGAGGAAUGGAGUUGGUUAACCCAGGAGAUGGAGAGAGGAACGGAGUUGGUUAACCCAGGAGACGGAGAGAGGAAUGGAGUUGGUUAACCCAGGAGAUGGAGAGAGGAAUGGAGUUGGUUAACCCAGGAGACGGAGAGAGGAAUGGAGUUGGUUAACCCAGGAGACGGAGAGAGGAAUGGAACAAGUUAACCCAAGAGACGGAGAGAGGAAUGGAGCAAGUUAACCCAAGAGACGGAGAGAGGAAUGGAGCAAGUUAACCCAAGAGACGGAGAGAGGAAUGGAGCAAGUUAGCCCAAGAGACGGAGAGAGGAAUGGAGCAAGUUAACCCAAGAGACGGAGAGAGGAAUGGAGCAAGUUAACCCAAGAGACGGAGAGAGGAAUGGAGCAAGUUAACCCAAGAGACGGAGAGAGGAAUGGAGCAAGUUAACCCAAGAGACGGAGAGAGGAAUGGAGCAAGUUAACCCAAGAGACGGAGAGAGGAAUGGAGCAAGUUAACCCAAGAGACGGAGAGAGGAAUGGAGCAAGUUAACCCAAGAGACGGAGAGAGGAAUGGAGCAAGUUAACCCAAGAGACGGAGAGAGGAAUGGAGCAAGUUAACCCAAGAGACGGAGAGAGGAAUGGAGCAAGUUAACCCAAGAGACGGAGAGAGGAAUGGAGCAAGUUAACCCAAGAGACGGAGAGAGGAAUGGAGCAAGUUAACCCAAGAGACGGAGAGAGGGAUGGAGUUGGUUAACCCAAGAGACGGAGAGAGGAAUAGAGUUGGUUAACCCAAGAGACGGAGAGAGAGGGAAAUACAGUAUAUCACCAACCGUGGCUUUGUACCUUUUCAAACAACAAGGUUAUUUAACAUGCAAAUAUCACAUAAUUUACCUGAUGCAUCUGUAGUACUGAAGUCAUGAUGACUCAGUGGCAAAAUGAGAGUUCAUCAGUGCAGCCAGAAGGCUCACUCUGUAUUACUCUGACUGGUGUGUGCACCCUUAAAUUAUUAUUAUUAUUAUUACUGCUGUUGAACACAUGUCCAAGUUGUUUUGUCUUUGAGAGGUUAGGAGGGAUGUUCAUGUUAAAUGGGUGUCUGCCCCUUUAAGAGCCCCUGAGACUGGGUUAAGGGAGAGCUGACCAGAUAGAGAAACAGCAUUUGCAAGCAAAGGACAGAUUAUCAAUUUCACGCCUGACUUAAAACCACAAGAACCACUUUUAACUGACAACAAAAAAACUUUAACUGGGUCAUAAGUUCUCACCAAGGAUUUACUUACUGGUGAAAGAGUUAUUUAAUAUUAUACUUGUGACCAAUCAAUGGGAGCGUCUGCUAAAUGACUACAUUGUAAUGUAAAUGUAGUGCCAUGUAUAUGUAUGUAUAUGUAUGUUAUGUAUUUGUUGUGAUGUUUCCUGUUAGCUCCCCAAGAAGAGUAGCUAAUUAGGAAUUCUAAUUAAUACUAAAUCUGAAGCCUUAUUAGACAUUAUUUGGUCAUAUUUGACCUUAUUUGAGUCUACUGUCUUAUUUGGAUGGACACUACAUGUACAACUGGUUAGGGUUGGUUGGUAAAGGACUCUAUUUUCAGGUUACUUCUGGUUUGGGUGUGGGUUACCGUGGUGAUGUGUGUAUAAGUCCAUGGAGGUACAGGUCAAAGGGCCGAGACUCCUCCUCCUCCUCAUUUGACUAGGCUUUGCUGAAGAGAUCCACUGGUUUCAUUGGAGAGAUCUUCAUUUGAUUGGAUAUUGCUUCUAGUGUAGGAUAAACUAAAUACUUUGCUGACACUAUUGGAGGAACAAUGCGUUUCAGUUCAAAUGUAAAGCAGUUGGUUCUCCUUCUCAUUGUUGGAAUCUUCUUGCUUCUGGGGUAUGUUCAUUACAGCUUCUUCAAUGAAAGGCUCAAUGGGUUUUGGUGUGAGGCUUCCAACAGAGAUAUCCCAGUUGACGAGGACCAGAGGAACACCAGCUUGAAUAAGCCCAUAUUCAGGAGCAGAGUACAGAACAUCAUCUCUCCGGAAAGGCUAUUGUACAAGCAGCCCAGUGUCUUGGUGGGUCGUACUGAUGUGAUGGCAGUCACCCCAUGGUCGGCACCCAUCAUCUGGGAAGGAACCUUUGACCCUGACCUCGUCGACAUAAUCUACAAGUCCAUGAACCUCACCAUAGCAACCACAGUGUUUGCCGUUGGAAAAUACGUCCUCUUUCUCCGAGAUUUCCUGGAGACAGCAGAGAAGCACUUCAUGGUCGACUUCAACGUGCGCUACUAUGUUUUCACAGAUCGUCCCGACGAUGUUCCAUCAGUCAACAUGUCCCAGGGGAGACAUUUGAGUGUGAUCCAGGUCCCAGGUUCAAACCGCUGGCAGGAGAUAUCAGCCCGGAGGAUGGAGAUCAUCCAGACAGCCAUCGAACGUCACAUCAGCAGGGAGGCUGACUACAUCUUCUGUCUGGACGUGGACAGCAAGUUCCACGCUCGCUGGGGGGCCGAGUCUCUGGGCAGGCUGGUUGCUGUGAUUCACCCAUGGUUUUACCAGGCGACCCGUGACCACUUCACAUACGAACGGCGUCCAGCCUCGACAGCCUACAUCCCCAUGGAUGAGGGAGACUACUACUAUGCCGGGGCUGUGUUCGGAGGGUUCGUGGAGGAUGUGUACACACUAACAAAGGUAUGUCGUAACCAGCUUGAAGAGGAUGCAAGGAAUUCCAUCGAGGCUGCCUGGCAGGAGGAGAGUCACCUCAACAGGUACCUGCUUUACAACAAGCCCAGCAAGCUGUUGUCUCCAGAGUACCAGUGGGACGACAAGAAGACCAACGCCAAAGAGGUCAAAGUCAUUCGCUUCUCUUCUGUCAUUAAAAACUAUGCUGAAAUUCGUCCCAAUGUAUAGGACUAGGAAUUGGAUAUUCGACCGGCAGAAGAAAAACUUAAUUGGUUAUGGUUAAUGUUAGGUUAAGUUCAGGUAUAGCUUCACUGAGGUUUGGGUUAUGGUUAAUGUUAGGUUAAGUUCAGGUAUAGUUUCCCUGAGGUUUGGGUUAUGGUUAGGGAAAGGCAUAAAAGGUCACAUUGGGUAUACAGCUGUCCGGCGCCGUUCAUUUUCUGUUGGUGAAAUAUAUACACUGACAUAAAAGUACUAUUUUAAAUGUACUGUAUAUCAGUCACUGCUGUAGUUUGGGGAUCAUAACGUUCUCCACUUAGAGGAAAAUAUAAUUGUUUUAUAACCUUAUUCAUCCUGUAUUCUGUAGCCUAUCUACUGUGUAUGUUGAUUAUUGGGAACAAUCUCAAU